CAGCAACAAGAUGCGUCAGCUACUCCGAGCAGCCCCAAGGCUCUCAUCGCGUCUUCCUGCCCAAACAUGCUGCGCGAGUCUUCAAAAUGGCCAACAACGGCGGCAAUACUCGAGGCCGCAACAACCAACCAACAGUUGGCUGCCCAUUCCAUUCGUGACUGAGACCCUGGCCGGAAUGAGCCACACCACGGACCUGUUUUCACGACUUUUGAAAGAGCGGAUAGUGGCCGUCUACGGCGAAGUUGACGACCGAAUGGCAGCCACCGUCACCGCAUCUCUCCUCUACCUCGAAGCCGAAAGCGACCGACCCAUCUCGAUGUACAUCAACUCCCCAGGCGGGUCGGUGACCGCCGGACUGGCGAUUUAUGACUGCAUGCAAUACAUUGUGCCGGAAGUCUCGACCUUGGUCUUGGGACAGGCAGCGUCCAUGGGGAGUUUGCUUCUGGCCGGAGGGCAAGCCGGACGCCGUUACGCCCUCCCUCACUCGAGUAUAAUGCUUCAUCAACCCAGUGGCGGUCACUAUGGCACUGCUGCAGACAUAGCCAUCCACGCGAAGGAAAUCCUCCGGAUACGAACUCAGCUGAACAAGAUCUAUGAGAAACAUUUGACCGGCAAGACGAAGAUGACGAUAGAUGAUAUCGAGAAGAUGAUGGAACGUGAUCAUUUUGUGAGUGCCGAAGAAGCUCUCGAGUUGGGUGUUGUCGAUGAGAUUUUGGGCAGCCGAAAGAAAAAGGCAGAAGAAAAGGAAGACAAAUGAAAAGACAAACACGACGAUAUAAGAAACCCAAACCAAGAUACUCCGAGAAUAUCUCCCAGAAGCAGGACACAACACGGCACCAUGAGUGGUAUAAACGGGCAGGGCAAAUGCUGUGUAAGAUUAUGCCAAAAAUAGGUUGUUUACGACCCUACACCUUCAUGUACAACAAAUACGCCCCCCACUUCCGGCACCGAGCGUGCUUCGGGGGACUCGAUUGGAAACAUCACUCGUCCAUUGAAUCGAGCUGGGGAGGACAUGGUGCAUCAGCGAUGCGACGGCUUCCGAGGUUUAGGGAAUGGAAGAACCGAACCCAGUCGGGGGUUCAUAAGGAGGAUAUCACUCCAUUCAAUCUGUGAUUUUAAAACAGAUAAAACACUUCUCAAUCCCGGUUUUUGAAAAUCCUCCAGACUCGUCAAUCAAGAUCCAUGACACCACGUAUACAC